UUUUCAUUAUUUUUUUCAUUUCUAUAAAAAAUCAUCAUUAAUUAUUAUGUAAUAUCACCAAGUCUAUUGUUUGAGUCAUCCAAAUUCUUUGGUAACUCAUAUAUGCAUAGGAGUGCAGACUUGCCAAAGAAAACUUUGUUCGGAUUGCUAAUAUCUGCACUAAAAUACUAUAGAAGGAAAACUUAUAAUUCCUUUUUCGAUACUAAUAAAACAAAUUUAAGAAAAAAUAGAAGAAUUUUAAUUAAAUGAUCCACUCCGCCUAAAUCGAGCUAAAUAAGAAUUCAAACAAGCAAUUUCAAAAAUGCAAUAAACAUUUUCAGCUUUGAUUGGUGAAAUGAAUGAUUAUUCAGAAUAAAUAUUUAAAGCGAUUGAAGAAAUGGAUUAAUAGUUAUUAGAGUUAUUAAGUUAGAAUAUACUAGAUAGUAGUAAUUCUGAUUUAUAAAAAAUAUCGCAAAUUCUUGAAUUUGAUCAACUCAACUUGUGGUAAUAAUAAAAGCAAUAUUGUUAUCAAAUUCUUGAUGAAAACAAAUAAAGUCUGAUAAAUAUUUGCGAACAAAUAGCAGUCAAUUUAAGAAGAAGACUUAAAACUACAUAUUCCCAAAAAAUAGGGCUUGAUGGUUAUGAAAGUUCUAAAUUAUUUGGAAUUUAUCACGAUGAGUAUAUUUGCAUAAAUAACGAAGUUCUUUCAAAGCAAGGAACAAUGAAGUUAAAUGAAAGAAGAGGGUUGAUUGAAAAAUUAGGGUUUUCUUAAGAGAAGAAUAAAUUGAGGGCUAUUUAGAUUGAAUUUUAAUAAGGACGAAUAUGUUAUAUAGCCGAUGGAAAAAUAUUAAGAAAAGAAUCUUUUAAAUAAUUAAGUUCAACAAAUCAGAUAAUUACUAAUUAUGACUAAUUACUUAAAUUGAAAUGGGUAACAGAAGAAACUGAAAACCCAAUAAAAAAAUGUUAAGGCUAUUGGGAAAAAGAAAAAGUAGAAUUAGGAGGUUUUUAUUAUUAAAAAGGGAGAAAAUAGGGUCUUUGGAUGGUGCCAUGCAGCAAUUAUAGUAUUCAACUUCAAGUAAUUUAUGAAGGAGUUUACGUUGAUGGGAAAAAAUAUGGAAAUUGGAAGAUAAUGAAGAAAAAUAAAAAAUAAUUUGACACAAUUGGUGGAGGAAAUUAUAAUCAAUCUGAAGAGAAAUAAGGUUAAUGGACAGAACUAAAUGACGAAGUAUUGCCACAAGAAAAUUAGUUGAUUCUUAACUGUGGCAAAUAUAAAUGUGGACAUAAAAUAGGAUGGUGGAAAAAUUAUAGAUAUAAAGAAUCCAUAUUUACAAAAAAUAAAUUAAUGUCUUGA